AUGCAGUCCUGCUUUGGAGCCCCAACCAGUAGUGUCCUAGGCCUGGGCACUGUUGCUCUGUGGGGUGGGGGCAGUGCUGCAGGGGGAGGAGCAGGAGCGAGAGGCCUCGGCGCUACCUUUCUCCAAACAACGUUGCCACACGCGGAGAGCACGGAGAUUUCUGGGGCUUUGGAGGGAAUCGUGAGCGGGCGGGCGGAGGCCGGGGACCACACAGGUGAGCCCCCGCCCGCGCCCUGCCCCGGACGGCGGCGGGCGCUGCCAGCUCCGCUCCUCCGCACCCAGGGUCCACACGGUGCCUCGCCUCAACCCCUCACUUUCCACCGCGAACCUGUGGCCCCCUCCCCCGUGCUCGCCCUCCGCCCCCACCCCGGCUGCCAGGGGCUGCCGCACUUUCCCAAGCCCGCAGGCGCACCCCCCCCCCGCAGCGCUGCACCCCCAACUCAUUCCCUGCGGCCCCCUCCAGGGGAAAAAAUGAAACCAGAGCGGCCGAGGAGGCGGGCUGCAGGGGCCGGGGCGCGGAGCAGAGGUGAGGGAGAGAGGACUUACUUUGCGAGGCGCGGUGCGGGGCGCCGCCGACGAGAAAUAAAGGCCCGGAUCCGGGCUGCCUAGAGCCCCUCAAGCGCAGUAAUGUCAGGGCUCCAGUUCGGGCGGCGUUGGCGGCGGCGGCCGCAGGGGACGGGGACGGGCGCGCGUGCGGCGGGCGCUCUCGCUGCGCUCCGGCUCGGGCCCUGGCUCCGCGCGGCUCCGCUCCUGGCUCCCCUCUGGCUCCUGGCACCAACUCCGGGCAGUCACAUGACGCCGGCGCCGCUCGCUCUGCAAGCCUCCCGGGGCUG